GAUGAGUUGACCCAGGUCCCACGUUUCGCCAUGUCCUCGCGCAGAGAUGAAUUACUUGCCAAAAAGGCGCGCCUGGAGGAACUUCGCCGCCAGCGCGACCUGCGCCGGGAGUCAUAUGGCUCCUCGACUCCAAACCUGGGGGAGACGGCCACGCCAGCCCAGUCCGUGGAAGAGCGAAAGUUGGCUGUCGACAAGAUCGUUUCCGACCUGUUAGGUCGACCGCGGGAUCAGCCAGGCUCUCCUGGAAGGAAAGGAUCCCGCCCUAGUUCGAUUCACGGAACCGGGACCCUAACACCCCAGACCGACGUCGACCCAUCCCCCCAUGCGUUGAUGCAGUCGACGUCCACACAGACUGACGCCACUACUUCAACAUUUCCAAUCCACGAAGAUGCUGCCGGCCAUGAACCUGCCCGCCCCAAGCCAGAAUAUAUCACCUACACUAAAGGAGUCCAGACAGAACCCAGCCUGGAAGAGAUUACAAAGUCAGCAGACGAUUCGGAUGAUGAAGACCUGAAACAUUCAAAAAGACGCUCGAUCAAAAGAGAUCAGGAAAGGGACGAAGAAAUUCGGCAGAGCUUAAGGCGCGAAAUCGAACAGGAGGUUCAGGCAACAUUGACUGGCGAUCCCAACUCUCUUCUGCCGACAACAGCACCACAGCGAUUUCCACUGCGCACCUUGACAGACACCGAGCUUAAUGCGGUGGUUGCGUCUCCUGAUUUUGCCAACUUUGUCGAACGGUCAUCUAGAGUUAUUGAGCGAGCGCUGGAUAUGGAUGACGAGUAUGAUCUGCUGGCGGACUAUACUCGAACAUCCCUUUUGGACGAUAGCGACGAUGACACGAAUUUCUCACGAUCCAACAAAAAAGCACACUCCCUCCGCGAAUCCUUUCAGUUGUUUUCCGACAAAGACUCACGACGACGCAUGAUAUCCGAUGUUCAUUUCUCGCCGCAUUUCAACGAAUUGCUAUUAUCUUCCUACACCAAAAACCCUUCGGCGCCUCAUGACUCGGCUGGACUUGUACUCAUCUGGAAUUGCCAUUCGCCCUCGCGGCCGGAGUACACCUUCAGAGCCUCGUCGGAUGUUUUAUCUGCACGCUUUUCACCAUUCCACCCCAAUCUCAUCAUAGGCGGUUGCUAUUCUGGGCAGAUCUGUCUGUGGGACACGAGGUCUUCCAACAGGCAAGGACAACCAGUCCAGAAAACCCCUCAAUCAGGAUCACACCUCGGUCAUACGCAUCCAGUCUACAGUAUCAAUGUAGUCGGAACUCCAAAUGCACACAACAUCAUGACUGCAUCCAUGGACGGUGUGGUUUGUUCGUGGUCUGUCGAUAUGCUGACGCAGGCUCAAGAGUAUCUGGUCUUGCGCAACUCCAAGGCAGACGAACUGGCCCCCACGACCAUGAGUUUCCCAGCAUCUGACCCCACAUACUUCUUGGUCGGCACCGAAGAAGGGAGCAUCUACCCAUGCCACAGAUACGACCGAGCUGGGGCCUCCGCUGGUGUCGAUGGUCGGACCACAUACUCAGGCCACAAAGCUCCAGUGAUGAGCUCACAUUUCCACCCUGCUCGUGGCAUCACCGAUCUCGGUGAUCUACUCCUCAGUUCGAGUUCGGAUUGGAGUGUAAAGCUCUGGCGAACCAAGCCCGCAGCCAGCUCCGGGUCUGCGGCAGCAGCAUCCAAAGAAGCAGAGAAACUAUCCCCGAUCUUGAGCAUCGAGCGUGAGGAUUUGGUUUACGAUGCUAAAUGGGCUCCCCAUAAACCGUCGGUGUUUGCCUGUGUCACUGGAGCUGGGGACUUGGAGGUCUUCGACCUGAACUUCGAUCUCGAGGUGCCCAUCACCAAGGCAAGUCCAAGUCGGGGGAAGAAUGGAGUGGUUCCAUUCCGAGGGCUGAAUAAAUUAGCUUGGGAGGAGAAACGCGGAAGUCAGAUUGCGGUGGGUGGUCUUGACGGGAAUGUGACGGUGUUCGACGUCGGUAAAGGCUUACAAGCCAGUAAUGACGAGGAGAGGAGAGAAGAGUGGCUGAACAUGAAGACGCUGGUGACCAAAUUGGAUCGUCAAGGACAGUGAGUAGUAAAACUUGAGAUGUGUCUACCUCGGCGGCUUAUGCUCGUGGUUGAAUUGGCUGGUCAUGCGUGGUGAUGACCACUACCACCGAUAUAUAUCCCAACGCUGUCUAUCUAAAAGAUAAACCCUCAUCCGCAUCCGGCGGAUUUCUCUCUCUCUCUAUACACCUAAUUUCCAAUCCCU